AUGGGCAUCGUUCCGUCGAAGAACGUCAACAUUGGUGAGCUUGAGGCGCAGCUGCUUAAAGCUAAUCCGAUAUUGGAAGCAUUUGGUAAUGCGAAGACUAUAAAAAACGACAACUCAUCCCGAUUUGGAAAAUUCGUCCGAAUUAAUUUUGACACCUCUGGUUUCAUUGCUGGCGCGAAUAUUGAAACAUGUAUCCUUUUUGUUUGGCGUGGCCACUGA